AACCCUACCUGGGAUCUUCCACCAUCCCUUUACACGCAGGGAGCGCACGAGACGCACAGAGGCCCGUUAUUAUUAGUUUGUUCAUGAUGGCCGACGUUCCAGCGUUAAUUAACAUCAGCGUGUCGUUAAAGAUCCAGCCGAACGAUGGCCCGGUGUUCUUUAAAGCGGACGGCUCGCGGUUUGGCCAGACGCGGACUAUAAAACUGCUGACGGGCUCCAAAUAUAAAAUCGAGGUGGUGAUAAAACCGGGGAGCGUCGAGCCCGCCACUAUGGGAAUCGGCGGAAAAAGCUUUGAUCUGGAGCAGCAGUCUAAAGAUGAAGAGUCUGCCGUAUAUCACGGGUUUUACGACACUGAGGGUGUUCCUCACACCAAAAGCGGAGACAGACAGCCAGUGCAGGUUUCCAUACAGUUCAAGGAGGCGGGCGUCUUCGAGACAGUGUGGCAGGUGAAAUACUACAACUACUACAAGCGUGAGCACUGCCAGUUCGGCAACAAAUUCAGCUUCAUCGAGUACGAGGUGAAGCCCAACGAGACGCGCAGCCUCAUGUGGAUCAACAAGGAGGUCUUCCAGUAAAACACGGUCAUCGCGGCGUUACCUGAUUCAAGCACAGCACGGCAGCACUACGUCUGUGUGAACAGUAACCAUCACUGGGCAGUUUGUGUACUGUGUAAUAAUGAAGUCAAGAUGGUGGGAAUGUGUUAGCGUGGCUAACUCUCUUCUACUUCUGUUCUGUCAGCCAUGCUAGCAAAGAGGAGAGAACCUGGGGAGAUAGAUACUAUAAUUUUUUUUGUUCAGUUAACAUCCAUUGGUUAUUUUUGUGUCUUUUGUGCAUGUAAGCUUUUACACAUAGCUUUAUUUGGGUCAGGACCUGUUGCCUAAACGCAUACUGGUCUUACAGUUUGUUUUUCAUCCAUGUUCUGUGGUUACACAUAUCGACGUUAGUUAGUCUUUAGUGACGCUAAGAUCAUUCCUAUUAGCACUGACAUAAUGAGAACCACAAUCCCAUGAUUUCUUAUACUUUGUGAAAUAUACAGGCAUUACAGCAGAAAUCGCUUACAGGUAGAUUGUCAAGGCAGAUUAUUUAUGCAACUCAAGAUUGCAAUCACGUCUCAGGAGCAAAUCAAGACCUUUCUCCAGGUAGGUUGUUCAGUGGGUUACACUUCGUCAUUUCACACAUCUUGACAACUUGAUCUGUAUUGAGAUUAUUAUUGAGCCGUUUUUAAAAGUGCCAACACUGGCAUUCACAGAGCAUGUGCGUCACCUAUUGGAAGGGGUUUCCCCGUGUAUAACGUAUCUUAAAUGCAUCUCGGUGCCUGGUCUUUUUUCAGUCUUGAGUCUGUGCCUUCACUGUAGCAUCAGAUUCCUGUUCUUGGCUCCAUCUGCAUUAAGGUUUCACCAUGUUGUGCAUUCUGAGAUGCUUUUCUGCUCACCACAGUUGUAAAGAGUGCUUAUUUGUGUUCCUGUUAGCUUGAGUCAGCAGAACUGCCGCUCACUGGAUGUUUUUUUGUUUUUCACACCAUUCUGCUGUGCAUGUGAAAAUCCCAGGAAAUCAGCAGUUUCUGAAAUACUCAAACUGGCACCAGCAACCAUGCCACGGUCAAAGUCAGUGAGAUCACUGAGAAUUUUUCCCAUUUUGUCGCUUGAUGCGAACAUUAACUGACGCUCUCGACCCGUAUGUGUAUGAUUUAAUGCGUUGCACUGCCGCCACGUGAUUGGCUGGCUGGGUAAUUGCUUGAAUGAAUAGGGGUACAGGUGUAUCUAAUAAUGUGGCCGCUCGGACACUAAACCCUGUCCAAAUACAGCAUGCACAUGCUCUGUGAAUUUUUUUUAUCUAUCUAUCUAUCUAACAACUAAACCUCAAGGCCAACAGUGGAAGUUGGUGUUUAAAUGUCAUGAGCUGAUUAACAUUUGGCUACAAGUGUCAAUGCACAGGGUUAAAAUCUUAUCAGGAAGCGAUUACAAGAAAUACAGAUACAAGAUGUGUGAAAUGUACACCAGGACUCAACUGAAUAUCCGUUCGAUUAAGAAAGAAGGGAUAGACUGUACUUUUCCUGCCCUCUUAUGGUUACACACAAUUUCGCUGAUAUUGCCAUGCAGUUACUCCAGUAUUCUCGCUGAAAUAAAACAGAGCAGGGGUCAGUAAUGCUUGCUCCAAAAGGGUGCUGUCUUAUUAUAUAUUUAUUUAAAACUAUUUAUUGAUGAAGUAUAUAUAUAAUAUGUGUAAUAUGAUGACUCGGUCAACGUUGUGGUGUUCUGGCGCUGGCACUGGUAAUGAUGUAGGACUAUUUGUGCUCAGUGGUGUGUGUUUGUUUAUUUAUUGUGUGAAUGAAUAUUUCUCUGAGUUUUCCCGUAUUGAUUUUUAUGGCUGUUCGAGUUGUUGAUGCCUUUAUGCCAUGAAAGUAAUAGAAUGUUAAAGGACUAGUUCAUUGUUUGUUUUACAUUCGAUCACUGCGUACGGCUGUGUAAUAAUCCCAGUUGUAAAAAUUGUUAUUGAGGUAUUUGGUUAAAAUUUUUCCUCAUUACAUGGCAUGCACACUUAUAAUCAUUUAUGUGACAUAUCACAUGAUUUAACACAUAGACACCUCAAAAUAAUAAUAAUAUUACCCUUUUUCUUAGCAGAAGGCCAUCGUAAAGAAGGUUUUGGGAGUUAUUGUGAUAGAAACGUUUAAUAACAGUGAAAUUGUAUUUAGCAACCUUGCGACACUGGACAGCUGGACACAGCAUUGUGGAUACCUCCGAAAUGAUUUGAUGUAAAUUAGGAACGAUAACAGUUGAAUUCCAAUAAUUCCAGUUCUUGCUUAUUGAUUCGAUUAUAUUGUUGUUUCUGUGAUGCUUUUGUAUAUUGCUCCAUAUGAAUUGGUUUCAUUUUUUAAAGGGGCAAAAAUGUGGACUUUUGUAAGAUAAAACAUCACAGUGCUUGAAAA